AUUUUAGCUUUCCUGCUUAGAGGUCCUUCUUUCUAACAAUAAUUAACUAGCGAACUAAUUUACCCAGAUUCUUCAAGCUCAGUUUAUUUAAAAGGAGAGUAACUUCAAGAAGGUUAUAUCCAUGGUUCACCGCUACCUCCAGCUAUGGGCCUUUGGGGAAUAUUUUGUUUUUUAAUCUUCAUGGGGAAAAGCUGGGGACAGGAGCAAACAUACGUCAUUUCAGCACCAAAAGUAUUGCGUGUUGGAGCAUCUGAAAACAUUGUGAUUCAAGUGUACGGAUACACUGAAGCAUUUGAUUCAACCAUCUCCAUUAAAAGUUAUCCUGAUAAAAAAUUUAGCUACUCUUCAGGCUAUGUUAGUUUAUCCUCUGAAAAUAAAUUCCAAAACUCUGCAACCUUAACAAUACAACCCAAACAAUUGUCUACAGGACAAAAUGCACCUUCACAUGUGUAUUUGGAAGUUGUGUCAAAGCAUUUUUCAAGAUCAAAAAAAAUGCCAAUAACCUAUGACAAUGGAUUUCUCUUCAUUCACACAGACAAACCUGUUUAUACUCCUCACCAGUCAGUAAAAGUUAGAGUUUAUUCAUUGAAUGAUGACUUGAAGCCAGCCAAGAGAGAAACUGUCUUAGUGUUCAUAGAUCCUGAAGGAUCAGAAGUUGACAUGGUGGAAGAAAAUGAUUAUACUGGCAUUAUCUCUUUUCCUGACUUCAAGAUUCCAUCUAAUCCUAAAUAUGGUGUGUGGACAAUUAAAGCUAAAUAUAAAGAGGACUUUUCUACAACUGGAACCACAUAUUUUGAAGUUAAAGAAUAUGUCUUGCCACAUUUUUCUGUCUCGAUAGAACCAGAAAGUAAUUUCAUUGGUUAUAAGAACUUUAAGAAUUUUGAAAUUACUAUAAAAGCAAGAUAUUUUUAUAAUAAAGUAGUCUCUGAUGCUGAAGUUUUUAUCUUUUUUGGAAUAAGAGAAGACUUAAAAGAUGAUCAAAAAGAAAUGAUGCAUAAAGCAAUGAAAAGCACAACGUUGAUAAAUGGAGUUGCUCAAGUCACAUUUGAUUCUGAAGUGGCAACUAAAGAGCUGUCCUAUUACAGUCUAGAAGAUUUAAACAACAAGUACCUUUAUAUUGCAGUUACAGUCAUAGAAUCUACAGGUGGAUUUUCUGAAGAGGCAGAAGUACCUGGCAUAAAAUAUGUCCUCUCCCCCUACAAACUGAAUCUGGUUGCUACUCCUCUUUUCUUGAAGCCUGGAAUUCCAUACUCCAUCAAGGUGCAGGUUAAGGAUUCGCUUGACCAGUUUGUGGGAGGGGUCCCUGUAAUGCUGAAUGCACAGACGGUCGACGUAAACCAACAGACAUCUGACUUGGAGACAAAGGGAAGUGUAACACGUCUCAGUGAUGGAGUAGCUUCAUUUGUGGUCAAUCUCCCAUCUGGGGUGACGGCGCUGGAUUUUUACGUCAAAACCAAUGCCCCAGAUCUUCCAGAAGACAAUCAGGCCAGCAGAAAAUACCAUGCAGUAGCAUACUCCUCUCUCAGCCAGAGCUACCUUUAUAUUGACUGGACUGAAAACUAUAAAGCUUUGCUUGUGGGAGAACAUCUGAAUCUUAUUGUUACCCCCAAAAGCCCAUAUAUCGACAAAAUAACUCACUAUAAUUAUUUGGUCUUAUCCAAGGGCAAAAUUGUGCACUUUGGCACAAGGGAGAAACUUUCAGAUUCAUCUUAUCAAAGCAUGAACAUCCCAGUGACACAGAGCAUGGUUCCCUCAGCCCGUCUGUUGGUCUAUUACAUCGUUUCAGGAGAGCAGACAGCGGAGUUAGUGUCUGACUCAGUUUGGUUAAAUAUUGAAGAAAAGUGUGGCAACCAGCUCCAGGUUCAUCUGUCUCCAGACGAAGACGUGUAUUCUCCAGGCCAAUCUGUGUCCCUUAGUAUGGAAACUGAGUCACAUUCAUGGGUGGCAUUAACAGCAGUGGACAGUGCUGUGUAUGGAGUUCAAAAAACAGCCAAAAAGCCCAUGGAAAGAGUAUUUCAAGCUUUAGAGAAGAAUGACCUGGGCUGUGGGGCUGGUGGUGGCCGCAACAAUGCAGAAGUGUUCAAUCUAGCUGGACUCACCUUCCUCACAAACGCAAAUGCAGACAGUUCCCAAGAAAAUGAUGAACCUUGUAAAGAAGUUCUCAGACCAAGAAGAAUGCUUCAACAGAAAAUUCAGGAAGCAGCUGCCAAAUACAAACAUCCAGUAGUGAAGAGAUGUUGUCUUGACGGAGCCCACCGUAAUGAUGAUGAGACCUGUGAGCAGCGAUUGGCCAGGGUUACCAAAGGUCCACACUGCGCCAGAGCUUUCAACGAAUGCUGUAGCAUUGCAAGGCAGUUCCGUGAUAAACACUCUCAUAAAAAUAUCCAGUUGGGAAGGUUACAUACAAAGACUUUGUUACCAGUAAGCAAGCCAGAAAUUCGGAGCUAUUUUCCAGAGAGCUGGUUAUGGGAAGUUCAUCAUGUUUCCAAAAGAAACCAGUUGCAGCUUGUGCUACCUGAUUCUCUAACAACCUGGGAAAUUCAGGGUGUUGGCAUUUCAAACAGUGGUCUAUGUGUUGCUGAUACUCUCAAGGCAAAGGUGUUCAAAGACGUCUUCCUGGAAAUGAACAUACCGUAUUCUGUUGUACGAGGGGAACAGAUCCAGUUGAAAGGAACUGUUUAUAACUACAGGACUUCUGGGAUGAUGUUCUGUGUUAAAAUGUCUACGGUGGAGGGAAUCUGUACAUCAGGAAACCUGGCCGCUGACCACCAGGGGACAAAGUCCUCCAGAUGCGUGCGCCAGAAAGUGGAAGGCUCCUCCACUCACUUGGUGACCUUCAGUGUGCUGCCUCUGGAGACUGGCCUCCACAGUAUCAACUUCUCCCUGGAGACUUCAUUUGGAGGAGAGACCUUAGUGAAAACUUUACGAGUGGUGCCAGAAGGUGUCAAAAGGGAAACUCAUGCUGGUGUUACUCUGGACCCCAGGGGUAUUUAUGGUGUUGUUAGCAGAAGAAAGGAGUUCCCAUAUAGGAUACCAUUAGAUUUGGUCCCCAAAACAAAUGUUGAACGGAUUGUGAGUGUAAAAGGACUGCUUAUAGGUGAGGUCCUGUCUGCAGUUCUAAGUAAGGAAGGCAUCAAUAUCCUAACCCACCUUCCCAAGGGGAGUGCAGAGGCGGAGCUGAUGAGUGUGGCCCCAGUAUUCUACGUUUUCCAUUACCUGGAAACAGGAAAUCAUUGGGAUAUUUUUUCUCCUAACUCAUUAAUUAAAAAACAGGACCUGAAGAAGAAAUUAAAAGAAGGGAUAGUGAGCAUCAUGUCCUACAGAAAUGCGGACCAUUCUUACAGCAUGUGGAAGGGAGGAAGUGCCAGUACUUGGUUAACAGCUUUUGCUUUAAGAGUACUUGGACAAGUAAAUAAAUAUGUAGAACAUAACCAAAAUUUAAUUUGCAAUUCUUUAUUAUGGCUGGUUGAGAAUUGCCAAUUAGAAAAUGGAUCUUUUAAGGAUGAUUCCAAGUAUCAACCAAUAAAAUUACAGGGUACCCUGCCGGUGGAAGCCAAAGAGAACAGCUUGUAUCUUACAGCCUUCACGGUGAUUGGAAUUAGAAAGGCCUUUGACCUAUGUCCCCUGCUGAAAAUCAGCACAGCUCUAACGAAAGCUGAGAACUUUCUGCUUGAAAAUACCCUCCCAGCCCAGAGCACCUUUACCCUGGCCAUCGCAGCUUACGCGCUCUCCCUGGGAGACAGAACUCACCCACAGUUUCGUGCCAUCGCCUCAGCCCUGAAGAGGGCAGCCUCAGUUAAAGGUGGUAGUCCACCCAUUUACCGUUUUUGGAAAGAUGGUCUUCAACAGCAUAAAGACACUUCGGCACCUAACGCUGGCACAGCAGGCAUGGUAGAAACCACUGCCUACGCUUUGCUCACCAGUCUGAACUUGAAAGAGAUGAAUUAUGUUAACCCGAUCAUCAAAUGGUUGUCUGAAGAACAGAGGUACGGAGGUGGCUUUUAUUCAACCCAGGAUACAAUUAAUGCCAUCGAAGGCCUGACAGAAUAUUCUCUCCUGGUUAAACAACUCCAACUGGAUAUGGACAUCAAUGUCUCUUACAAGCACAAAGGUAACUUCCAGAAUUACAAGAUCACAGAGAAGAAUUUCCUUGGGAAGCCAGUAGAGGUGCCUCUCGACGAUGACCUUGUCAUCAGCACCGGCCAUAGCAAUGGCUUGGCUACAGUGCACGUAGCAACAGUAGUUCACAAAACAAGUACCUCUGAGGAAAUCUGCAGCUUUCAUUUGAAAAUUGAAGCCCAGGACAUUGAAGCAUCCUACUACAGCGACUUGGGAUACAAACGCAUCAUAGCAUGUGCCAGCUACAAGGCCAGCGGGGAAGAGUCAUCAUCUGGAUCCUCCCAUGCAGUGAUGGAUAUCUCUUUGCCCACUGGAAUCAGUGCCAACCAAGAUGACUUAAGAGCUCUUGUGGAAGGGGUGGAUCAACUAUUAACUGACUACCAAAUCAAAGAUGGACAUGUUAUCCUGCAAGUGAAUUCAAUUCCCUCCACUGAUUUUCUUUGUGUCCGAUUCCGGAUAUUUGAACUGUUCCAAGUUGGGUUCCUGAGUCCUGCUACUUUCACAGUGUAUGAAUAUCACAGACCAGAUAAACAAUGCACCAUGUUUUAUAGUACUUCCAACACCAAACUGCAGAGAGUCUGUGAAGGAACGCUGUGCAAGUGUGUGGAAGCUGACUGUGGGCAAAUGGAGAAAGAAUUGGAUCUGACCAUCUCUGCAGAAACUAGAAAAGAAAAAGCUUGUAAACCUGAGAUUGUAUAUGCUUAUAAAGUUAGCAUCACAUCCAUCACUGAAGAAAAUGUUUUCGUCAAGUACACAGCAACCCUUCUGGAUGUCUACAAAACCGGGGAAGCCAUUGCUGAGAAAGGCUCUGAAAUCACCUUCAUCAAGAAGACAACCUGUGCUAAUGCUGACCUGCUGAAAGGAAGACAGUAUUUAAUUAUGGGGAAGGAAGCCCUUCAGAUAAAACACAAUUUCAGUUUCAAGUACAUCUACCUGUUAGAUUCCUGGACCUGGAUUGAAUAUUGGCCUUCAGACACAACGUGUCCAUCGUGUCAAGCGUUUUCGGCUAAUUUGGAUGAGUUUGCUGAAGACAUCUUUUUAAAUGGCUGUGAAAAUGCCUGAAGAAGUUCAGCUGCAUUCACAUCUCACUUAGAGACUCCUGGUGCGGAAGCUCCGUAUUUUAAACAUUCACAGCUGGCCUUAUUUGGAAAGCUUGCUUUACUUAGAAUUAAUGGCACUAGCUUUUAUUAGAGAGUGACUUUAAAGGCUGUAACUUUCUAAAUAACAUGGCCAAGGGGAUGGUGGGGCAUGAAGACAGAUACUCCAAGGUUAUUAGACACCAGAAGCAAUAAAUUGGAACACCUCCUAAAACCUACCACUCAAGAAUGUUUGCUGGGGCCAAAAUAAUAGUCUUAUUGAAAUGGAGUAUCUUACAAAAACAUGGCCUGUGCUUGAAAGAAAAUACCAGGGAACAGAAAACUGAUCAUUAAAGCUUGACUUUGCUUUCAAAA